CUGUUCGAUGUCGUAACGGUCGGUGACGCUCUGCUUCUUUUUUUUUUUUUUUUUUAAAUUAAACACCAACUGUCAACAGUCACAGCCCAACAAUUGAACCCUAAAUGAAACCGACGACGUGAAGACGGAGUUUGUCGCUUCGACGUCGUUUUUUUUUUUCGUUUUUCUUCUUCUCCUUCUUUUGAAGCGGAGCUGAUGUCAACAUGGCUGCGAAGUCCGACCAACUUCUCAUCGUCGUGUCCAUUCUGGAAGGGCGCCAUUUUCCGAAGAGCCCUCGUCUCAGCCUGGUGGUCCAGGCGAGCUUCGACGGCGAACAUCUGGAAACGGAUCCAGUGGAGCAUCGAGAGCAGCCGCAGUUCAGCACCGAGCUGGCCUGGGAGCUGGACCGCAAGACGCUGCAUCAGCACAGGCUGCAGCGGACGCCCAUCAAGCUGCAGUGCUUCACCCUGGACUCCGUCAGCAAGAAGAAGGAGAGCGUUGGCUACAUCGUCCUGGACCUGCGAUCGGUCCAGGAGGCCAGGCAGGAUCCCCGCUGGCACCCGCUGCUCAGCAGUAAAUACACCAAGCAGAAGGCGGCGCUGCUCGUCGGCACGCUGCUGGAGAACGACGCCAAGGCCGCAGCAGCUUCUCCUGACAAGAUCCGAGCCAAGAAGGCGGCGCCUCGACAAGGUUCUGGCCCGGCGGGCGGCGCUCUGCCCGCCAGGCUGGAGGCGGAGCUGAUCCCGGACCAGGGCUACCAUCAGGUCGGGCCUGCGGGUCGCUGUGGCGACAUGUUCGUCCUCUCCGUUACCGUCGCCUUCGCUACCAAACUGGAACAGCUGAUUCCCAGCACCAAGAAGCUGCUAGCGGAGGACUCUGGUUUCUUCUUCUACUACUCCCUGCUGGGGAACGACAUCACCAGCGAGCCGUUCCACAACCUGCUGAGUCCAGACUUCGAGCCGGAGCGCGCCUCGGUGCGCAUCCGCAGCAGCACGCAGGCGCUGCAGGCCUUCCUGACGCAGCAGUCCAGCCUACAGGUCCACCUGUGCUGCGGGAACCGCUCUCUGGGCAGCAGCGACGUUUCGCUGUCCGCCCUCGCUGCCGCCGCCACCGCCGACGACCUGGAGGCCAAGGGCGCCACGGUGGAGGGGGCGUUCGUCCUGCAGCCGCCGCCGCGCAGCAAGCUGCCGGCUCUCCCUGCAGAGCUGCAGCCGACGGUGGGCGUGGCCGUCACCCUGAGGAGGGAGGAGCCAGCGCCGCAGGUUUUGAGGGUAAAGGAUCCCAGCAGAGCUCCGCCUCUCCCUCCUGCUGUCGCUCCGACCCAGAAACCUGCCGCUUCCCCUCCUCUUCCUCCUCCUUCGUUCCGUACGGAGAGCGAGGCGGAGAGUCUGCUGGAGGAGCAGGAGCUCGACAGGAAGCUGGCGGCAGGUGAUGAAGGUGAUGCUCCUCUUCGUCACCCUGAAGGCGCAGCGUCCUCUGUCAGCGUCUCCGCCCCCAAAGUGUCCAUCCCGUCCUCCGCCCAUCACUACUGCUUCUCUCUGGACCUGCGCAGCCUGGCCAAGCUCGCCACGCCGCACCCCAUCGCCGCCAUGCUCAGGUGGGCUCCCAGUCUGACCAGCACCGCCGCCGGUCCUGCUCCCAGUCUGACCAGUACCGCCGCCGGUCCUGCUCAGGUGGGCUCCCAGUCUGACCAGCACCGCCGCCGGUCCUGCUCCCAGUCUGACCAGUACCGCCGCCGGUCCUGCUCCCAGUCUGACCAGCACCGCCGUUGCUGUUCCAGGGUUCCUCUGGUCGUGGAGCUGUGGGACCGCGGCUCCUCCAGCAGAGACCAGCUGCUGGGCUCGGCCUCCAUCCAGCUGCACCAGGUGCUGAGCUCGGAGAAGACCCGGCUGGGCCCGGCGGGCGACCCGGGCUGGAGGCAGACCCACCAGGACCGGAUCCCCGUGGUCCACCCCCAGCGGCCCGCGGAGCGCGUGGCGGAGCUGAGCUACGUGGCGACGCUGCAGGAUCUGGGCUUCAUUAAAGCUAAAGAGGUUCUGGUGUCGGACUCGAUCCAGGACGAAUGUCCCGCCGUCCCGAAGUCGUCUUCUCGCCCAGCGGCGCCCAAGCCGUCCCUGCCGCCGCCCGCCCCCCAGGUGCCCGGGGCCCCGCCGGCCCCCCAGGCCACCAGGGACACCCUGGAGUACCGCGCGGCCCUGGAGCUGGAGAUGUGGAAGGAGGAGCAGGAGGACCUGUUCGACGAUCAGCUGAAGCAGAAGGAGCUGCGGCACAUGCAGGCGCUGGCGGACGAGUGGAGGAAGAGAGACGGAGAGAGGGAGGCGCUGGUCAAGAAGAAGGAGCUGGAGUUCAACCAGCUGGAGGAGAAGCUGCAGAAGACGCUGUGUGACCUGGAGAAGAGGGAGAAGCAGCUGGCUGAGGCGGAGCUGCAGACUCAGCGUCUGCAGCGGGAGCUGAGAGCCGAACACGACCUGACCCAGAAGGAGCUGCAGGAGGCCAGCAGGCGGCUGCAGCGGGAGGGCGACCACCUGGUGGCGCUGGAGAGGGAGAAGGUCCGGCUGAUGGAGGAGGAGCGCGGCCGGCUGCUGCAGCAGAUGGCGGACGCAGAGGCCCGAUACCAGCAGCUGCAGAAGGAGUUCCAGCUCUACCGGGAGCAGCAGAACCAGCGGCCCGAGUUCAGGCUGCAGGCAGAAGUCAACCUGCUGGCGCUGGAGAAGGUGGAACUGGAGCGGAAGCUGGAGUCGACCACCAAGUCCAAACUGCACUACAAGCAGCAGUGGGGCCGCGCGCUGAGGGAGCUGGCCCGGUUCAAACAGAGGGAGCAGGAGAACGCCAUGGCGCGGCUGAAGAAGCAGCAGGCGGAGCUGGAGGCCAUGAGGCUCCGUUACCUAGCAACAGAGGAGAAGGACGCGGUGCGGCAGGACCGCCAGGAGCUGGACGACAUCAGGAACGAGCUCAACAGGCUGAAGAAGCAGGAAGAGGAGAAGUUAGGCCCCGCCCCCGCAGAGCCAGACUCCGCCCCCAGCCUGAACCUGAACGAGAGCGCGGAGGAACACCUGAGCCGCCUGCUGGAGGAGAGAGACACGCUGCUGAGGACCGGCGUUUACACGCACGACGACCGCAUCAUCGCUGAGCUCAGCAGGCAGAUACAGGAAGCCAUGAGGGACAGGAAGCUCUGACGGCCAAUCAGAGGGAGACGGCCGCCACACCGGCCAAUCAGCCGGGGACGUUUCACCUGAGGCCCGUGGAGAGGAACUGGGCCUGAUUCAGCUCCGUUGAGUUAACGUUGCACAGAAAUAAAACUUUAACUUGUA